AUGGAUGGUUUUGUUAUUUUCAUGAUAAAGAGGUUGUGGUCAAACAUCAAACUCCUUCCUCCUCCUUCUUAUAUGUUUUCAAUAUAAAUAUAACUUCACCAUUGGAAACAAAUUAAUUUAAUUUCAACUGUAAGUUACAAAUAGAUAAGAAAAGUGUUUACUAACCGUUCAUUUUUAAGUAACAGACAAUAGAAAUCAAAGUUUAACCCUUGUGUCAUCUCCUUUGUUUCACUCUUCUUCCAUUGUUUAUCGUGUUUUCUCUUCGUCUCAGGAUCACUGUUUUUGUUUCAAAAUGAAAUAUUUAAUCUUCACAAUAACUUGCGUUCUUAUUUCUUCAGACUUGGUUUUUGCUUCGAAGUGUAAAAAAUCUGAAGAUGCAAAGGUUGACACUUGUGCUCAAAGACUUUUCUUAUUUGGAGACAGAACCUCAGUUGGUUUCCCUGAAACUGAGGAAGGACUUGCUAAUUAUUGCAGUCUGGCCAGAGAAACUGAAAAGUGCAUUAAAGAUUACUCUCGUCGGUGCUUAGCUGCUUUCCCUCGUCAAGUUACCAAUCUUCUCGUCUUUGGUAUUGCAAAUCAACAAAAGAAAUACUGUAAAAAGGGUGGAUCAGCAAUUGUUCAACAUGGUAAAUGUGGUAAUUCUGAUCUUGAAAAAGGACACAAAUGCAUGGAUACUUACAUUGAUCAUCUGUACGGCAUUCAAGAAAGUGAAGAUGCAAACAAGAAAAUUCCAUAUGUUUGCUGCUCAUUUUACAAAUUCAAAAGAUGUGUUGUCGCCAAUCUACGUCGACAAAAAUCAACUUGCAACCGAGAAUCAAUCAAUUUCUAUGCUGGUUUAAUCCAUGGUAUAGCUGCUGAUGUUUUAGAACUCAUCUGUGCUGAGUACAAAGAAAACUCUACUCAAUGUAGUGAAACUCUGAAAACUCUUCCUACCAGAAAACCAGAUACAACAAAAAGCAAAUCCAUUCUACCUCCUUUCACAGCAAUCAUGGAAUCUUUAUAAUUGGCUUUACGAUUUCAAACAUUCUUUUACUUGAUCUCAUCUUAAAUCAUCAUUGUUAUUUUAAUCACAUUUUCAUCUUCAUCAAACAACCACCAUUCAACAUUAUUCUAAUAUUAUCAUUAUUACUAUUACUUUUUACUCAUUAGUAUUUGAUGGUUUUUAUAUUUCUCAUAAUUUAACAAGGGUAAUCAAUUUCAUACCUUGGAACUAUUCUCUAGCGAUUUACUGAUUAUUUUAAAAAGGCAAUACUUCAAUAUCAUCUCUUAUUUACAUUUGCCCUCAAAUUUUCAUGACUAAAACGUCAAUUUGUAAAAAAAUCACUUUUAAAAUAAAUGGCAACAUUCACUGAUCGAAA